AUGGCGACGGCAGUAGACGCUCCAGCGAACGCGCCUGCAUCACCGGCAAAACCAACACAAGUUCAGAUGACACCCAAUGCGCCCCGGGAUGCACACAAUAUGGAAACCCUCGGCCGUGGCCUGAAUGCCUUGGUCAAGCAGUCUCGCGUUCUCCUCGUGGGCGCCGGCGGCAUCGGCUGCGAGCUUCUCAAGACCCUCGUGCAGUGCGGCUUCCGGGAAGUACACAUUGUCGACCUCGACACCAUCGACCUCAGCAACCUCAACCGACAGUUCCUCUUCCGUCACGAGCAUAUCAAAAAGCCCAAGGCCCUGGUCGCCCGCGACGCCGCCCAGCGUUUCAACCCGCUGGUCAACCUCGUGGCCCAUCAUGCCGACAUUAAGACGUUCGACGUCGCCUUCUUUGCCAGCUUCACGGUCGUCUUCAACGCGCUCGACAACCUCGAUGCCCGCCGCCGCGUCAACCGCAUGUGCCUGGCGGCGGGGGUGCCUCUGAUCGAGAGCGGCACCGCGGGCUUCUUGGGCCAGGUGCAGGUCAUCAAGCGUGGGGUCACUGCGUGCUACGACUGUAGCCCCAAAGAGGUGCCUAAGUCGUUCCCCGUGUGCACCAUCCGCAGCACACCCAGUCAGAUCAUCCACUGCAUCGUGUGGGGCAAGAGCUACUUGCUCAACGAGAUGUUUGGCGAUAGCGAGGACGAGUCGGCCUUUGACCAUUCGGACGACGCACAGAAUGCCGACGAGAUUGCCGAGCUCAAGAAGGAGUCCCAGGCCCUCAAGGCCAUCCGCCAGGCCAUUGGCACGCCCGGCUUCGCCGAGAUGCUCUUUGACAAGGUCUUCAAGACCGACCUGUUGCGGCUACGGUCCAUGGAGGACAUGUGGAAAACGCGUUCGCCGCCCGAGCCACUGGCAUAUGCGGAGGUCAUGGCACGCGAUGCCACGACGGCGGCAAUUUCCAACAAGACGGAGCUGCUGCGCGACGGACAAAAGGUCUGGACGCUCGAGGAGAGUGUCGUGGUCCUCAACGACAGCAUCGAGCGGCUUUGCCACCGCGUUGUCGCGGCCAAAGCAAUGGGCGAGGGAACAGAGGGCGCUAUGAUCGAGUUUGACAAGGACGACAUCGACACGCUCGACUUUGUGGUGGCGAGUGCCAACAUCCGCGCGACGUUGUUUGGCAUCGAGCGCAAGUCGCGCUUCGACAUCAAGCAGAUGGCCGGCAACAUCAUACCGGCCAUUGCCACCACGAAUGCGAUCGUGGCUGGCCUCUGUGUUCUGCAGUCUUUCAAGGUGCUCCGAGGACAUUACGACUCUGUCAAAGAGGUCUUCCUUGCUCCAAAUGCCACCGACCACAUGCUUGCUUCGGAUCGACCGCGGAGGCCAAACCCUGAAUGUCCCGUUUGCAGCGCGUUCCAGGUAACACUCGACGUUGACUUUGACAAGAUCACACUCCGGGACCUGGUGGAUGACUUCGCCAAGGAGCAGCUUAAAUUCGACGCAGACGGCGAGUUUGUCAUCAGCAACGAGGUCGGCAUUCUGUACGAUGUCGACGAAACGGAAAACCUCGACAAGAAGCUGUCGGAACUGAGUAUUAGUCAUGGCACCUUCCUCACUGUCACAGACGAUUCCGACGAGCCUUAUGUCAAUGUUGUUAUCAACCUCCAGAAAGCUAAGGAGUCUCUUGGUGACAAGCCAUAUACUGUUGUCAGCAUCAGCGACCGGAAUUCUGAUGGCUCCGCCAAAAUCGCCAAACAGCCCAAAAAGGCUCCAAAGCCAGCUCCUCAAGAGAACGGCGCCUCCAACUCGAAGCAGCCGCUCACUGUGGACGAUGACGACGAUCUUAUCAUUCCCGAAGACACCCAGCCAGCAAACAACAAGCGUGCCCGGGAAAACGUUGGUGACGAGCCCAUGGCCAAAAAACCCAAGGUUGCACCGGCACGAGCACCAGCAGUGCUGUCCGUUGCUAAUGGCAAUUCCAGCCAAACUGGCAAAGCCGUUAUGAUCGACGACUGA